AUGUCUGAUUAUCAAUCUCUUACUACCCUUAUUAAACGUUUAGAAGCAGCCACUUCUCGUCUUGAAGAUUUAGCAACUACGGGAAGUAGUAAUUCAACAAGUAGUACUACUGCUCCCGCCUCAACUACUACUAUAGGAGGACAACAACCAACAACUACCACUUUGGUCACUUCAACAACCAAUAAUAAUGAUAACGAUACAAAGAACGAAGUAAAACUUACACCAGCUCUUAGCGCAUAUGAUGAACUUAUUGAGGGACCUUUGAAAAACUUUCUUGAACUAUCUAAAACCAUCGGUGGUCUUGUUGAAGAUCAGAGUCAUGCUGUCAAAGAUAUUUUUAUAGCUCAACGAGAUUUUAUAUACAUAGCUUCACAAAGUAAAAAACCACAAACAUCAGAAACAUUUGUAAAAUUAAUUAAACCAACUCAACAAGCGCUUGAAAAAGUAUGUGAAUAUCGUGAAAAUAAUCGUCCAUCACCAUUUUUCAAUCAUUUAUCAACUGUUAGCGAAGGUAUCGGUGCAUUGGGAUGGGUUACAUAUGAGACAAAAACUGCUCCUUUUGUUGGUGAUUUAAAAGAUGCUUCGCAAUUUUAUGCUCAUCGUGUUAUUAAAGAAUUUAAAGACAAGGAUCGUUCUCAUGUUGAUUGGGCAAAUAGUUUUAUUUUACUUUUAACUGAACUUCAGAGUUAUGUACAGACUUAUCACACUACUGGUCUUGUAUGGAAUCCAAAGGGUGUUGACCCAAGUGAAUUCAUUGGCAGAAAACCUGAAUCAACAUCAACAAAACAAAACACAUCAUCACAAGUUGGAGAAACAGUUGAUAUGACUCAAGUUUUUGCUGAACUUAAUCGUGGAGAACAAAUUACAUCCUUACUAAAAAAAGUUGACAAAGAUCAAAUGACUCAUAAAAAUCCAAGUUUAAGAGCUAGCAGUACUGUGGGCGAAGUUGGAGUCAAGGUACAACAACAUAAAAAAGGACCUACAGCACCACCAAAACCUGCUUCGUUAUCUCUUAAGAAACCACCUAAGAAAGAAUUGAAGGGUAAUAAUUGGAUUGUUGAAUAUUAUGAAAACGAAACAAAUAUUGUUAUUGAUGAUACUGUAAUAGGCCAAAAAGUUUAUAUAUUUGGAUGCAAAAACUCUACGGUCCAAGUUAAAGGCAAGGUUAAUGCAGUUACAAUUGAUUCUUGCCAAAAAACUGGUCUUCUUAUUGACUCAGUGGUGGCAGCAGUUGAUGUUGUCAAUUGUAAAUCUGUUCAAGUACAGGUACAAGGAAAAACACCAACAAUUGUUGUAGAUAAAACUGAUAGUGCACAAUUAUACUUGUCACCAGAAUGUUUAGACACAGAGUUAUUCACAGCUAAAAGUUCAUCAAUCAAUGUCAAUGUACCCAAUCAGCAAGAAAAUGGUGAUUAUCUUGAACUACCAAUUCCUGAGCAAAUUAAAACUACCAUUAAUGGCGGAAAAUUGGUUUCAGCUCCAGUUGAACAUAGUGGAUGA